AUGACUGGAUCGAUCAGGUCGCAGUCCAAGAAAUGGACACUAGGUUUAGUACUACUAGGAGUGGUCGUUCUAUUAUGGGUUUUGUCUUCAUUCCUGAUAAAUAUGAUCUUCGAAGAUAACUCGUAUAGGAAACCAUUUUUCAUCACGUAUUUGAAUACGGCUUCGUUCAUCUUUUAUUUAGUACCCACUUUCAAAAACGUAUGGCAUAAGUACAAGACUACAGGGAAACUUAAUAUCCACGAUGAGUUAAUUUUGGAGGAAGAAGGUCAAGCAAUACCGAAUGGUACUGCAAAUAACAACACUCACGUUGGGACAGAUUCUGAUGAUGACGAUACUGCCGCUACCGUUGUCGAUGAGCAUAGUUCUUUGGUCUCAAAGGAUUCAUCUGACCCGACCAUUAAGCUACCGCUUCGUUCCACUAUCAAACUUAGUGCACAAUUUUGUAUCCUUUGGUUUUUGGCAAAUUUAGUUACCAAUGCUUCUCUAAGCUAUACUUCAGUGGCAUCCCAAACCAUUUUAUCAUCAACUUCGUCGUUCUUCACUUUGCUAGUUUCUGCUUUGUGUCAUGUCGAAUCCGUAAAUAAGAUCAAAGUGCUCGGAAGCAUUGUAUCUUUCAUUGGAAUCAUUAUGGUCACUAAAUCCGACUACUCUUAUGUGACUGCAUCCAAGAUCCACUUUGCAAUUCCUUACAAAUUUCAUAACGGUAUCGAUUAUGACAAUACAAGUCCUGUUACCAUAAUUAUAGGUAACAUUUUAGCUUUAGCAGGUGCAUUGUUUUACGGGGUUUAUUCGACGUUGUUGAAAUUGAAAGUUCAAGAUGAAUCAAGAAUUAACAUGAAGAUUUUCUUUGGUUUCGUUGGUUUAUUUACUUUGGUAUUUCUAUGGCCUGCCCUAAUAUUAUUACACUUCACUGGCAAGGAAACCUUCGAAUGGCCCUCUUCGCCAAGAGUUUUAUCAAUUAUUUUGACCAACUGUCUCAUCACCUUUAUCUCAGAUUUUUGCUGGGCAAAAGCUAUGCUCCUUACAUCUCCUCUCAUUGUAACAGUUGGCUUGAGUACCACUAUUCCAUUAGCAAUGGUCGGAGAUUUCGUCUUCAAAGAAAAACCAAUGACCGCAUUGUACCUAUUCGGUGCUGUCUUAAUCUGUGGUUCUUUUUUCAUCGUUAAUAGGAACGCAGAAGAAGAAACUAUUAACCAUGUAAUAGAUGAAAUGGCGGACAACAAUCAACUGAGAUAUUCUGUAUGA